GGUAUAUAAGAAAUUGAGCCCGUGGCAGUUAGCGAGAUUUGAUUUUCCCUCCAUUGAAUCUGGAAAUCGGAAAUGGCAACGGAAGGGAUAGGUGGAAGCGGUACCACCAGCGAAGUUGAAAACGAUUUGGAAAUGAAGCUUUUACGAGACAGAUUCAGACUCUCCGCAAUCUCAAUCGCCGAAUCCCAAGUAAACAAAAGCGGAAUGGAAGUAUCGAAAGUCGUAGUUGCUUGCGUUGCUGAUUUGGCCUUCAAAUACACCGAACGAUUAGCUAUGGAUCUUCAACUAUUCUCACAGCAUGCAAAUCGUAAAUCUGUAAAUAUGGAAGAUGUCAUACUCUGCGCGCAUCGAAAUGAAAAUUUAUCUGCCUUGUUGAGGGAUUUCUCCAAUGAUUUAAAAGUCAAAGAUCGUCUAUCUGAAAGGAAGCGAAAGAAAGAGGUUAAGAAGAAUGACAAAACAACUGUUUAGUGCAUAGAUUGCUAUGAUUAGAUAUUCGCCAUUUUUCUUGGACUUAUUAGCUGUUUUGUUAUAUCUUUUUGGUCUUAUGUGUUCCUUGGAGCUUAAUACCAGCCCCUGUUAAAGGGAGUAGUCUAUGUGAGGCGACGAAUUGUGCUUUAUAUACUUGUAUAAAUGUUCGAGUUUAAACUGAAUGUUAAUUG